AUGGAGAAUCACAACUUCACUUUGAGAAUGUUCUGCAUUGGAUUUACCAAGAGGAGAAGUAACCAGGUGAAGAGUGAUGGAAAUCGACAAUCACACAAAAUCAAGCAGAUACGUAGGAAGAUGCGGGAAAUCAUGAUCAACCAUGCAGCAUCCUGUGAUUUAAAGGAGCUCGUCCGCAAAUUCUUUCCUGAGAUGAUUGGAAAAGAAAUAGAGAAAGCUACAUCAAGUAUCUAUCCCCUUCAGAAUGUGUUCAUUCGAAAAGUCAAGAUCCUUAAAGCUCCUAAGUUUGAUCUUGGAAAAUUGAUGGAGGUCCAUGGGGACCUCUCCAAAGAUGUUGGUACUAAGGUAGACAGACAAGCUGAUGAAACAAUGGCUGAGGGAACCACCGCUUGA